GAGUACACGAGCAGAUAUUUACUAAGCUAGUGAGCUAAACAACUUUUAUUUUCGCAUUAAAACAUAGCUCGACAACUAUAAAAACGCUAUUUAGAACUGUCGAGCUGAAUCAGCAACAGUUUUGGGAAAUAAGUAUUCUGUGUUGGCCUGACACCAAGAGAUUUUCUCUGUUUCUCUGGAGGCGGGUUAACCUGACGCUACUUGAAAAAGACUUGAUUAUCUUAACGCUAACUAACUAGCUAUCUGAAUUAGUCUAAUCUAGGUUGAUUGCCUGUGAAAGAAAACUCCUGUAAUUAUAUAGGUUUUAUGGAUCGAGUAAUUAUUAUUGAUUGCAGUUAGCUAGCCAGCUGUUGCUACAUUACUGUACAUUUCCUUUGCUGAUAUGUCUGUUGAACUUAUGAAUGAAGCCAUCAACAUGUGCAAGGCAGAAGAGGCGAGGCUCAAUGAAACGAUCCAACAGUACAGGGACAUUUUGCGCUCCAUGAAAAUGCGUCUGAAGGGUAGUGAAACAGAAGAGUCAUGCAGCUUUAACGUCAAAGAUGAUGACAUUCCACUGCAAGAGAAGCAAGAGAUUGAGUUAUUGGAGCAAGUUCUGAAAAAGGCACUGAAAGUUCGCUGCAGUUCUGCAGUGACCAGAGACAGUGGUGCAGAUGGCCAAAAACAACACCAUGCAGGCUUGAAGGGCAGCUGUACCACUGCCAGAAAGGUCUCCGUUAAUGAUGUGGAUGAAAGAAAGCCGCAAAAGUCAUCUUCUUGCAAAGUGCAAGAGAGCUGUCACCAGUAUGGAGCAUCGUUUAAAAACAUUGCUGUCAAGGGGGCUGUUUGUAAGCGUCCUGCUCUGGUUAAGAGAGGAGCAUCAGCUCGGCUUGCCGCCAAAGGGAAACGGUUGCCCACAACCUCUGCUUCAGCACAGGCUUCUGGAGUAGAUGCCCAGAACAAAUCAUGUAAGAGUCGUUCCAGAGACUCCGUAAUGGAGAAGGUCACCCUAAAUCCACCUUCUCAUGAACAGAGGACGUCUCUCUUAGACAAGAGGGAGUUAAAAACAAGACGUCCAAUGUCAUGUCCAAAAGAGCAAUGGGUGCCUUCUCCUUUGUUACCUGUAUGGAGAGCACAAAGGGCAAAAAAGGACCGAAUGUGGAACAAAGUUCUGAGCAGACACUCAAUUCCUGUGCCAGAGAGAGACCUCUUUAAAGAGAGACUUAUCAGCACUUUCCCCAUAGACCAACCCUCUACCCAGGCAGUAGUUGGGGCAUCGGAGCUGGAUACCCUCGUGCAACUGGGGCUAGACCUGGCUCACUGCUACCACGCUGAGCUCCAGGGCCACCAGCGUUUCGCAGCCUGUGCGUCGGGAAAGGAUCCAGAAAUGUCAAUGGAGAGGGAGUAUGAAUCUCUGCUAAUGCUGGAAGGUCUGGAAGGAAUGAUGGCUAAAGUCAUUAAGCAUGCCAACUACCUUAAAAAAGAGUGGGAGAGGGGGAAUGAGCCCUGGUGGGGGCCACAGUGCACACUGCGCUGGAGAGGUGAGCGGGCCGAACCAGGCCGAGCCUGCCUGCCUCCUGUGCUGUCCUACAGCAGCCAAGCUGAGCUGGAGGAGCUGGCUGUGCUGCGACUCCGCGUCGACCAGCUGCGGCUGGAGAUCCGCCUGCACCAGGCCAUGUCUGAUACUGUCAGCCCCUGUUUGAUGGGCAGGCAGCCCUCAACUGGCAGUCCCAGUGCUACUGUGCUACGUGGGGCAUAUUCACUCCUUGCAGAUGAGGGCACACGGUUUCCUGCCCUGGUUUUGGACUCCAAACGAGAUCAAACAAAGAAAGAUGGCUUUGGUCCCAUUGUCCACAGUGACCAAAAACCUUUUUAGAACCCUGAGAACUAAUCCGAGGCCAUCAUCCUCAACCCCCAGUUAGAGAAGAUUUUUGGUGUGUGCCAUCGUCUGACGGAUGUUUUCUCAAAUGCCUCUUAUCUGCUGUGUUAAGUACUGGGAAUUUAGGGCCUGCAGCUGUUCCGAUGAAGCACAAAUAAAGCUGCCAGCUGGUCUUCCUUUAAUAAUUUUUUCUGUUUACUAUUUUUUCCCCACCAAAAAAAAAAAAAAGCAUUUCUUCAGAAAAUGAUUCGGCAUCUUAUUGAGGCUUUUUACUUCAAAAAUAUGAAUUUCUCGCGAAGACAUUGUCAAUACGUGCUUUGGGUCAUGUAGUGCUACAUUUUCACCAGCAGGGAACACUGUUUGCCUUUUGUUGAUAUGAAAGUAUAAAAGGUCUUUCUUGAUUGUCUUGAGCAUUCCUGUACUGCACAUUUUUACUAUUUUCCCUGCUUUUCCUUGUAGAGCAUUUUUAUUAAAUAAGCAGUUUUUUU